AUGUCGGAGCUCACCGCGGUGCCGCGCGCGACCGGCAGCUCGGGCGGCAGCGACGGCGCGUCCAGGGGCGGGGCAACGGAGCAGAGCACGCCCGGCGGGACGCAAGCCGCGCGGCCCCUGGUCACGAGCGACUCUUCCAAGGAGACCACGCCGGACCAGAGCGCGUCCGCCGGGCUCGGCCCAGGCCCAGGCCCAGGCCGGCCCGCGCCCGCGAGUAGCUUCUCCCGCCCCAGCGACGCAGGUCGCCCGGCGUUCGGUGACCUCAAGGCGGGCCUGCCGAUGCCCACGAAGAAGUCCAGCUCGCUGGCCGUGACGAGGACCCGCUGGGACGACGAGAAGACGAUCCUGGCGGUCAUCCCCGGGCACGGUUCGCGCGAGGUGACCAUUUCGGGCUGGACGCACAUCGACAUCGCGCUCGACAUCUCCAAGGCGUUCGGUUUGACGCAACAGGACUUCAGGCAGGUGACGCAGACGGCCGCCGAGCAGUCGUUGAUGCUCAUGGACCCGGACUACAACGUUCCAUAUCAAGGUUUCGCCGUGAAGGACGUGGUCGAGGGGUCUACAUUGUAUUUCUUGCCGCACCGGCUCAACGAUCGGUCGGAGGAGGGGCGCCGGCUCGUCACCCGCCUCAUGACCAGGCAUUUGGAGGAAGAAAUCGCCAUCAUGAAGCGCGAGGGCCUCAUUCCGGCCCCCGGCGAGGUGCUGGUCGCGCACCGCGAGUUGGAGGGCGACGCCGCGGACGAGGUCCCGCGGAUGGGGGACGCGGACGCCGGCGCGGGGGGCGUCGCGUACGGCGAGGCCAGGAACGCGCGCAACAGCGUCGCGGACGCCGCAGCGCUGGCGGAGGCGCGCCGCGCCGCGGGCCGCGUCAACUUCGACGUCCCGGAGGGCGAGGGCGAGGGCGGGCGCGAGGGGACGGGCGACCGCCGGCCGUCGGGCAACUCGAUGGGGAAGCUGAGCCUGCAGAGGAGCCUGGCGUACCUGACGUCAGCGAUUCGGAACCGCGGGCUGCCGGUCGGGUACGACUGGCGCGUGUUCGGGCCGCGGCGGGCGUUCCAGGACCGCGUGUGGGCGUUCGUGGACGACAGCGGCUCGUCGGCGCUGGCCAUGUGGUUUGCGCUCUUCAUGGCGGCGCUCAUCAUCCUGUCCACGAUCGCCAUGGUGGUGGAGACGAUGCACAAGUACUACAACGACGAGCAGGACUACACCUCGGCCUUCUUCGGCAUCGAGGCGUUCUGCAUCGGGUGCUUCACGCUGGAGCUGCUCCUGCGGCUGGUGUCGUGCCCGACGGUCUACGGCUACCUGUCCGACUGGCUCAACUGGAUCGACAUCGUCGCGGUGCUGCCGUUCUACCUCGAGCUGUUCCUCGCCAACGCCGUCCCGGGCCUGCAGGUGGUGCGUGUGCUCCGGCUGUCGCGCACGCUGCGCCUGGCCAAGGUCUCGAAGAACUCCAUGCGCGUGCUGACCAGCGCGCUGCUCGCGUCUACCAGCCCGCUCGUGACGCUCGUGACGCUGCUCGUCGUCGCGAUGAUCGUCUUCGCCAGCGUUAUCUUCUUCCUGGAGCGCGGGCGCUGGAACGCGCAGCUGCAAGUCUGGGAGGCCGUGCGCGACUUUUACUGCGAGGUCACGGCGACGCGGGCGGAGGCCAUCGAUGCGAACACCUUCAACGUGGAGGCAGAGCUCUCCAAGGGGUGCACGUUCCUGCGCCACACCGCGCCAGACAACACCACCGCCGUCUUCGGGUGCUACGAGCCGCACAAGAUGUUCCAAAACUGCCAGGCGCGGUACGAGGUGCACCAGUUCCAGUCGAUCCCGGACGCGAUGUGGUUCUGCAUCGUCACGCAGACGACGGUGGGCUACGGCGACUCGUUCCCCAAGUCGUGGCUGGCGCAGAUCGUGGCCGGGCUCCUGCAGCUGUCGGGCGUGCUCACCAUCGCGCUGCCGGUCACCGUCAUCUCCGGGAACUUCGAGGCCGUGUACUCGGAGAUGCGCGCGGAGAAGCAGCGCCAGCGCCUCAUCGACAAGAAGCUGCGCCUCCUCCAGGAGGGGAAACACAUAGAGGAGGAGGAGCGCAAGCGCGCGCAGGAGGACAAGUCGUCCGGGGCGUUCGGCAAGGCGAUGAAGCGGUGGGCCACGACAGCGCCGUCCAAGGGGAUGUCCCGGCUGCGCACCUUUGCCACGAAGCACUCAAUGCUGCGGCGGGCCAAGAAGGAGCCGAGCGACGCGCAGGGCAAGGACGGCUCGCUGAGCAGGACGACGACGCAGGCGAAGCAGAACUCGUCGGUGCUGGAGGCGCAGGGGACGGUGGAGGACGCCCCGCAGAUGGGCUUGGCGGAGAUGGCGCGGCUGCACGCGUCGCUGCAGAGGAUGCGGAAGAAGCAGCUCAGGGGGGCCUCGAACCGGACGAUCGGCCGCGACCGGACGACGUCGAGCGUUGCGCGCCGGGGCGCGGACGCGGACGAGAGCGGAGGGGGACCUGUCAUGGUGGAGCGCCCCAGGUUCCAGUCGAUGGCCGCGCCCGCGACGAAAGACUUCGACUGA